AUGGAAAGAGAAAACCGUACUGCAGUGCAUGAAUUCAUUCUGGUUGGGUUUUCCAGCUUCCCAGACCUUCGUAUAGUACUGUUCAUUGUCUUCUUUCUGAUAUAUUUGACCAGCCUGGUUGCGAAUAUUCUGCUGAUCGCAACAAUACGACUCGACUGCACUCUUCAUAUCCCGAUGUAUUUUUUCCUCUCUGUUCUGUCAUGCUCAGAAAUAUGCUACAGCUUUGUUGUGAUCCCCAAAAUGCUGGCAAGUCUGAUAACAGAAAGGAGGACUAUCUCUUUCAGGGGCUGCAUCAGCCAGAUGUUCUUCUUCAACGUCUUUGGAGGAGCCAACUGCAUGCUCCUAGCCAUGAUGAGCUACGACCGCUACGUUGCCAUCUGCAAACCUCUUCAUUACCCAGUCCUUAUGAAAGAAAGCAUUUGCAGGCAGCUGGUGGCUUCUGCUUAUUCAACAAGUUUUGUUGGAGCUGUGAUAGAAAUCGGCUUCAUCCUGAAACUGCCCUUCUGCGGUCCCAACCGGAUUUGCCACUUCUUCUGCGAGCUGGCUCCCAUCCUUCGGCUAGCUUGUGAAAAAAGCAGCGCCGCCGAAAUCUCCAUCUUCAUCAUUUGCAUGGUGAUCAUCUUCUGCUCCUUCUGCCUCAUCCUGUUGUCCUACGCUCUCAUCCUCCACACGAUCAUCCGGAUUCCCUCCGCCGAAGGGAAGCACAAAGCUUUCUCCACCUGCGCCUCUCACAUCAUUGUGGUGGUCGUGCACUUUGGUUGCGCUUCCGUCGUCUACUUGAGGCCCAGGUCGAUGUACUCGCCAGACAAGGACAUCUUCCUCUCCGUCUCGUACACGGUGCUGACGCCUUUGCUGAAACCCAUGCUUUACAGCCUCAGGAACAAAGAUGUACAAAUUGAUCUCAGAAAUGUUUUGGGGAGAAAAGUGUUCAAAAAAGCGGCAUGA